GCAGCGCGUGCUUCGAAAACAAGCACAACCGCACGACCAUUUAAAAAGGGCGUUCGUUUCAGUUGCUUUCUAUUCCGGGUUACGCUUAUACGCUUCUUAGCUUUUCGAAACGAGCCGCUUUACAUUUCGGCCAAUGAGUAUUUAAAACUCCCGCAUCACCUACAAAAGGCUGCAUGAGUGAGCCAUCGUUCACCUCACCUCCUGCCGAGGUGGCGGAGAUGAACCGUAUGCACUAUGAGUUGGAGUACACGGAGGGCAUCAGCCAGCGCAUGCGAAUCCCGGAGACCCUCAAGGUGACCUCGGAAAACCAAACAGGUUCUCUGCCACCGCAGGAAAUCCUGCACACUCAUUCAGCUCUGAUGCAGGUUCCUGAAAGAAUUGUCGUAACAGCCGGUGAUGGGGAUUCACAGUUCUCUUGUCCCAGAGACUUAGACCUGAUUCAGUCCAUCCCUGCCAUGGAGCUCCUGGACAUGAAGGCACCACCGCGUGUCCUCACGCUGUCAGAACAGCCGCUGGACUCACUGGAAACUCAGCAAAUGAGCAAGAGCAACCCCAGCAGUCACUUGGCUCAUUCACGAUCACGAAGGGAACGCAGUUCCAGUGAAUUCAUAUCUGGUCGCCAUAGCAGUCAGAUUAUCAGAGGUGAUGUAAGUGUAACACCCUCGCCUUCUGCCCCGGCAGUCUGCAUGUGCCCUCCUCUAUGUUCACCCGAGGAUGCAAACAUCAACUUGUUCACAGCGGCCGGCUUCAUGACUUACAUCCAGUCCACCACACGCCGGGCCUACCAACAGGUCCUUGAAUUCCUGGAUGACAGCCACCGCCGGACACACCUCGACCUUGCCUUGGAAAUGAAUCCAGACGAGUCCGGUUUGGUGGACGCCUCCUCGUUACGCCGACAGAUUGUGAAACUUAACCGCCGUCUGCAAAUGCUGGAGGAAGAAAAUAAGGAACGCUCAAAGCGAGAGGUGCUCCUGUAUUCUGCGACCGUCGCGUUCUGGCUUAUCAACACCUGGGUUUGGUUCCGCCGCUAAAUUAAAAUGAGAGGACCCCCCCCCCCCCAAAACACACAGAGCCAAAGCAUUGUCUUGUUACUGACAACAUUGGGGUUCGCUUUUAAAAUCCAAAGGCAACCAUUGGAAUCAACUGAAUUCCCUCCCACGCUUCUAUGGGAAAUGAUUGAAAUUCAGAUUUCAAAAUGUACAUACUGCAUCCUGUACAAACACCUGUGCUGCUUUUCCUUUGGGUUUUCUAGUUAAUAUUGUUUUUCAAGGGUGGAAAGAGUGGUUAUGUUGCAUAUACCCAAGUAGAAAUAUUUGGAUCUCUUUUGCCCAGCGAUACCUAUUAGCAGUAGAAUUAUUGUACAUGAGAUAUUUUUUCUUUGCGAGUCGUUUACACUGUUCAGUCAAAUACUGGAUUUCACGGCUGUCUAUUUCUUUUUAAUCUAAUCAUGACCAUAAAUUGUAAACAAAAUGAGAUUUUACUUUGGCAAGAAAUGCUUUGGGAACCCGGUCCAGGGGUGGAGCUACAAUAAAUAAAUAAAUACUCGCAAGUGUCAAAAUGUAAAGGGGAAAAAAUAAUAAAAUAAGGAUGCCAUAAGAGUCAUGCUGAAUGUUCGUUGUGUUUUAACAAUAACAAACAUCUAUGUACAUUGUACAGUAAAGAAAUAGUGUGUUGUUAAAGUACUGCUGGUGUUUUUUUUUCCUCUUAUUUUUUUCCCUUUUAACUUUUUGGUAAUUACAUGACUUGUUCGUGGGUGUGAUGUUAAAUAUUCUCUUCAGAGGUUUGAGACACCUUGAAUUGUUGGAACUUGCUUUCCAAACAUUGACCUUGUAUUUUCCCCAUUUUUUUUCUCUUUACAGUCGUCAUAGAGCUGUAGCUUCUGGAAGAGUGAUCUAGAGAUGUUUUUGUAAAGUGUGGAUGUAAAAUAUUUAAGCCUAUAUUUAUUGUUGCAGAUCCAUUAAUAUAGAUUGCGUAUAUAUAUAAAAUGAUGUCCUCAAACUAUAUGUCCAACAUGUUUAUUUUUGUAAAAUCCCAAUACAUUUGUUGUUGGUAAAUAGUUGUCGCUUUGAUAAAUGGCUGUAAUUACCA